GUCCCAAAUGAAUAAACUGAGGCCGGAGUGGGGAAGGGACGGUGGGACCUGUUGUUCAAGGACCUGACCCCAGCCUGUCCUCCCUCCCACCCACUCCCGGCCCUAUGUCGGUCUCGGUCGGGUUAGGGGAGUGCGGAGUCUGGAGUGUGAUCUCCGGAGAGGGGAGGGCCCUCCACCCAGAGUGGUGUGGGAGCGGGCAGCACAGGAACCAGACACCGACAAUGAAUAAAUGAUGCCCACUCGCAGCCUGCCUGCGACCAGAUCACCACUGCCGAGCGCCGGCUGGCCACCGAGCCAAGGCGGCCCGGCAGGCAUCCCUCGGCUCCCCUGACCUGCUGCCGAGCUGCGCGGAGUGCGCGAAGAUGGCGGGGCAGCGGCUAGGCGCGGGGCCGCUCUGGGCGCUGGGCGGCGCCGCCCUGGGGGUUUGCCUCGCGGGGGUCGCCGGGCAGCUGGUGGAGCCCAGCACGGCCCCACCCAAGCCCAAGCCGCCCCCGCUGACCAAGGAGACGGUGGUGUUCUGGGAUAUGCGCCUGUGGCACGUGGUGGGCAUCUUCUCGCUCUUCGUGUUGUCCAUCAUUAUCACUCUUUGCUGUGUCUUCAACUGCCGCGUGCCACGGACCCGGAAGGAGAUUGAAGCCCGGUACCUACAGCGAAAGGCAGCCAAGAUGUACACGGACAAACUAGAGACUGUACCACCCCUCAAUGAGCUCACAGAAAUCCCUGGAGGUGAUAAGAAGAAGAAGAAGAAGGACAGUGUGGAUACAGUGGCCAUCAAGGUAGAGGAGGAUGAGAAGAAUGAGGCCAAGAAGAAAGAAGAGAAAUGAGGAGAGCUUCCUGGAGGUGGAGGCUGGGGCUAGCUGGCCCUGGCCAGAGUCCAGACAUCGUAGACUCCAAGCUCAUACAUGGACCAUAGAGGUUGAAGAACACCUCUCCCUGCUCAGAGGGGGUUGCUGAGGCCCAGGACCCUGUCCUAGAGCCUACUGGGGCAAGGAUAUGACUGUACCAGGUGUGCUGCCUCCCAGCCUGGACUCCACUCCUUUCACCCCAUCCACGUGGCCACUCAGCAGAGGUGGUCUUGGGCCACUGUCCCUCUGUAGAUCCAAAGUGGCCUCUACCCACCCAGACAUGCCUCUGUCCCCUCUUCUGCCAGGAACAGCAGUGGCUAAAGGGGUAAUGGGAUGUGGGUUUCCUUCUGGAAGGGGAUGGCUGACCUGGAUGGGCUAGAUGUGAGGCCACACCAGGCUGGCCAUGAGGAGGGAGAGGGUGACUGGGGGAAGCAGGGGCAGCAGAAGGUUCUCGGACUUAGCUGGAUAGCAGCUCUGGUGGUGAGGGGGCUGCCCCAAGCCUGGCAGGGGUUCUGGUCCAGGGCAGUGAGCAGAGGGAGACCAGAAGCAGAACCCCCAGCAUAGCAGAUACCGAGCUCUAAGCAAUGGAUACACUUGUCUUACACGCUGUGAUGCAGCUGAGGCUGCUGGAGGGCCUAGCAUGAGGCCCAUGGGCUCAGGGCUAGGGGCUGCAGGGAUGCAGAAGGCUGAGGCCAGUGGGCCAGAGAGAGAAGGGCCCCAUCUUGGGAAUCCAGGGAAAAUUUGAGAAGCCAAGGGGGACUUUGGGUUUUUCUGCUGGCCCUUUCUAGGCUCAGCUGUGGUAGCAGGUGUCAGGGCCCCAGAUCACUGCAGGGGACAGUGAGGGAUUGAGGCAGCAACCAGCCUUCUACCUGCUGAAUAUAUCAGCACAGAGCUUCCUCUUCCAUUCUUAACUAUGGUGCCUAAAAGAAGCACUGCUAGCCAGAAGGUGAAGGCUCAAACUUGACCUGGGGACUGAAUCCUUGGGGAGGGGAGAUGCAGAGAGGGGUUUCUAGAUGGCAGCGAACAUCAACUGAGGUACUCAGACCUGGGCCUGGAGACUAAGGAGACACUGGAGAUUUCCGAGCCAGGGGGAGCUGCUGACAAAGCUCACGCUGCCUCUGCAGCCUGCAGAGAUUUGUAAAUAAAGCUGAGUGCCUUCUCA